UCCUUCCUCCGCAGCGAUCCUACUGCCAGAACUUCACCAUGUCCAUUCUCAAGAUCCAUGCCAGAGAGAUCUUUGACUCCUGUGGGAAUCCCACCGUUGAGGUGGAUCUCUACACCGCAAAAGGUCUCUUCCGUGCUGCGGUGCCCAGUGGUGCGUCCACUGGCAUCUACGAGGCCCUAGAACUCCGAGACAUGGGGAAGGGUGUCUCAAAGGCUGUUGAGCACAUCAAUAACACUAUUGCACCUGCUCUGGUUAGCAAGAAACUGAAUGUUGUGGAGCAGGAGAAGAUUGACCAGCUGAUGAUCGAGAUGGACGGCACAGAGAAUAAAUCUAAGUUUGGUGCAAAUGCCAUCCUGGGAGUAUCCCUGGCUGUCUGCAAGGCUGGUGCCGUGGAGAAGGGGGUGCCCCUUUACCGUCACAUUGCUGACUUGGCCGGCAACCCUGAAGUCAUCCUGCCGGUCCCAGCUUUCAAUGUGAUCAACGGCGGUUCUCAUGCUGGCAACAAGCUGGCCAUGCAAGAGUUCAUGAUCCUGCCUGUGGGGGCAUCCUCUUUCCGCGAAGCCAUGCGCAUUGGAGCAGAGGUUUACCACAACCUGAAGAACGUCAUCAAGGAGAAGUACGGGAAAGACGCCACCAAUGUGGGUGAUGAGGGUGGAUUCGCACCUAACAUCCUGGAGAACAAAGAAGCACUGGAGCUGCUCAAGUCUGCCAUUGCAAAGGCCGGCUACACUGAGCAGGUUGUCAUCGGCAUGGAUGUGGCU